AUGGUCAUCCUCACGCUUCAGGCAUUUGCUGGCCUGUGGAUAAAUGCUUUCAUUGCUUUUGUACUUUGUAUUGCUUGGGUCAGAAAGAGAAGCUUUAACUCCGUUGAGAAGAUCUUGCUGUUUCUCGGAUGCUCCAGGUUUUGUUUUUUGUGCAUCACAUGGGUAUUUAACUUUCUUAAAGCAAUGUAUUCCUGGUGCUUCUUUAUUCACCCCAUACCUCAACUCCUUGUAGCUAUUCAAAGCUUUUUUGAAGCUUCCAACUUCUUGGUUUCUGCUUGUCUUUGUGGUUUCUAUUGCAUAAAAAUUGCAAAUUUCAGGCACACCUUCUUCACCUACAUGAAAGUAAAAAUUGACAGGAUUGUGCCAUGGCUCUUGUUGGGGUCAGUGCUUUUAUCCUUGGUCAUUGGCAUUCUUUCCUACGACAUCACUGAGAAAGCGCUCUAUAGCCACUUCAAUUCCACCACAGAACGAGAUUCACGAAAAUUGAGAGUAAGAAUGGAUGAACAUUUUUUGCCCAUGUUUGUCACCAUCGGCUUCAUAUCUUCUGCUGCAUUCAUGGUGGCUUUCUUUUCUGCCCUUCUCCUCCUCUUUUCUCUCUGGAGACACAAAAGCAACAUGCAGACAAAUUCUGCGAAGAACCUCAGUCUGGAUGCUCACAUCAAGGCCAUGAAAUCUGUUCUGCUUUUCCUCUUCAUUUACAUCAUUAACUUUACACGUUUGACCUUGACUAUGAUUUAUAUCACGAAGAAGGAUGAACAUGUGACAUUUGUCAUUUCAGUAUUUCAGUAUAUUUUUCCAACCGUUCAUUCCCUCAGUCUGAUUUUGAGCAAUCCCAAACUGGAAAAAACAUUGCUACAGACUCUGUCCUGCCUGAAAUGCAAGGUGUGCAUGAGGUAG